CUUAUAAAUAUUUUUUUACAAAAAAGUCACGAAAAGACUAACAAUCCGCGCGUAGCGCGGACUAACCACUAGUGUGGAAAAAAAAAGAGAAAGGAAUAAAAAAGCGAACUCUUUUAUUAAUUAAAAAUAUAUAGAAAAUACUGUAAGAAAAUAAUCUGUUGAGGCACGCGUCGACGUCCUAUCAUGUCUGUAUAAGCGGUUUCUUCAUCAUAUAGCUCGCUCGCAUUCUCUCUCUCUCUCUUUCAAUCGCAUUCACUUUCUGCGCAAAUUAAAAGCCUUUUUUUCUCUUCUCUUCCUUUUCUUUCUCCAUGUCUUCUUAUUAAUGGCUUUUACCUAUCUCUUCCACAAACCCUCUUUCUCUGGGUUCUUCUUCGAAAGACCUCAUUAAUUAAAACUAUUCAUUUCUCCUCAUCCUCCUCUUUCAGCCAUCAUGCCUUUGCCUUGGAAGAAAUCGAAAUCGGGUCGGAUCUCCAAAUUCGUAACGGACCUCCAACAAUCUCCCAAACACGGCGGAUCUCUCGUCGUCGAAACCGGUUUCCCUACUUCCCUCAUCCAUCUCUUCUUUAAAAACCGCGAUCGUCUCAAAAAAUCUUCUUCCAAACGCAACAAGACCCCGACCCCGUCCCCGUCCCCGUUCCCGACACAAACCGCUCCUCCCACUACUUUUCUUCCGACACGACAACGUGCUUUUUCAUCUCUCCCUCCUCCUAUCCCUCUGAAACGUGAUCCUCCCUCGGUUACGGAGGAUCUCCCCGCGAGUAAGAUCGAGGAAACCGCCGUCCGUGACGGUGGCUCAACAUCUCAGAACAGAAACGACAACGACGGAAACGGAGACAGUGAUAUUCACGGCGGAGGAGGAGGAGGAUGUUGCGUUUUGAUGGUGGUUGCGAUUAAGGUUUUCGUGGUGGCUGUGCUCGCUUUAAGCACGAAAAAACUCGCCCUGGGGAUCACUAUCUCCGCCUUCGCACUCCUCUUCCUCGAAUUCGCCUUGCCACGUGUCCUCACGCUCCUUAAUCUCUGCCCUAACGCGCAGGUUCGGCUCGAUUCAUAUAUCAGAAAGCUUAUAGGAAACAAGAAGCCUAAAGAGAAGCUAGAAGAAUCAUCAUCGACGCAAGAGAGAACAAUAACAAACAAUGUCUCCUUCGAAAUCAUUGAAACCUUCCAAGAACCGAGAGAGUGCGUCGAGGAGACUCAAGCUCCUGAACCACCAGCAGAGAAGCAAGAGGAGAGAGAAGUGCUGACGAUAAGAGACGUGACGUUCAGAAAGGAGAAGAGCAAAAGCGCGAAGCUUAAGUCAAAGAUCGUUAAAAAGAUUGUACCAAAGAAGCUGAGGAGUUACAAGAAGAAGAAGAAGAUGAAAGAAAAAGAAGAUGCGGAAGGAGGUGUAGAGAUUGAGAUAUUCGAAGAAGGGGAAGGAGAGUCCACGACGGAAGGUUCCAGCUUGUAUUCGGAAGAUGUAACGGAAAGCGAAGUAUCUGAGAGAUAUGAGAUUGGUUCGAAUCCGCCGUUGCUGGAGAGCUGUGGAGAAGAAAGAGAAGAAUCGAAAGGGGAUCUGACGAAAGCGAUGGUGAUGAUAGUGAUUGCGCUUGGUGGAUUGGUAGGCGGGAAAGUCGUAGCUAUUGUUCUGACAGUCUCUUCGUGUCUGUUUCUGAGAUUGGUCUGCUCUGCCUCUGCUCCAAAUCUCAAACUAGUCUCUGACAAGUCUGUCUGAAUUCUGAUGGAAAAAAGGUGAAAUCGUUUUUGCUUUUUGUUGUUUUGCGUGGCAAGUGGUGGGACCUACGGAUCUCACCGUUAGUUAACGACGGUGAAGGUGUUGACGGGAGUGUUGUUGAGGUUUGGGUGGUUGGCAGUUCGAAGCUUCAAUUGUUUUGCUUAUGAAACUGUAAAUUUUUCAAAAAAAAAAUGUUAUUAACAGAGGAUAUAUGUUAUUAUAUGAUGGUCAAGGAGUCAAAUGUUGUUGUUAAAUGUUAACUAUGAAGAAAAAAAAGAUUAAUUUAUUAAAAAUCGUCGUUGUUAAUUAUGAAAG